AAACAGGCCCUCGCUAGGGAUGACGGCCGGUGCGCCGUCACAAAGGCCCUUGAUUGGGACACUAUGUUGAACAGCAAGCGCCUGGCAAUCCUCGUUAGAAGUGGUGAAGAGUCGGCACGGCUCACUCGGUGUGCUUACAUUUUUCCGCAAUCUACCAAUGUGGACGUUACAUCGGAAUCAGACGAGGCAAAGCAUGCUACCCCUCUCGGGACGGCAUUUGGCCGCUUUGGCCAGACCAAAGUUCUCGAGGAGCUCAAUGGAGCCAGAAUACAUCGACUGGAGAAUGUCAUCACGAUGGAGGCAACAGUUCACUACGCGUUUCAGAUGUUGCAGCUUUUGUUUACUGCCACGACCGAACCUAAUAGGUACAAGCUCGAAGCAAUACACGAGUGUAUGCUUUAUGGGUUACCAGAAUUUGUGACCUUUUUGACACCGGAUCUAGCGAAGUACCCUCUUCCUAGUCCAACCUACCUUGCUAUCCAUGCAUCAUGUUCCCAGGUCGCCCAUCUCUCUGGUGCAGCUAAAUAUAUCGAGAAAAUAUUUGAUGCCAUGGAAGAAACUAGUGUUCUGACGGAAGAUGGUGGGUCUUCUGAGCCCUUACAUGAAGCAAUUCUGUCUUCUUUGCGGCAUCGUAUUUCGGUCUGA